AUGACCGCUAGCAAUCCACCAGAGGAGAAAACAGUCGAUUUGGAAGAUAUAUUAUCAAAGUUCAGUAUAUCUGGUAGAUACCACUUACAAAUAGCAGCUUUGGCAAUUUUAGUGUUCGCGUCUAAUUCUAUUUAUUGUUCAAAUUACAUUUUCGUUGCUGAGGAAAUAAAUUACAGGUGUACUAAAUAUUCCAUUGGCGAUAACUCUAGCGGUGAUUGUAUCGAAUGGGUGUAUGAUAAGCCGGACUCCUUCGUAGCAGAAUUUCAGCUUGCAAAUCAAGAAUGGAAGAGAACUUUUGUUGGCACCGUACACAGUUUUGGAAAUAUGGUUGGUUUAUUUAUAGUGGGACCAAUGUCGGAUAGGUUUGGAAGAACAACGAUGCUUAUUGUAACUGGUGUACUCGGUGGGGUGUUUGGUUUAGCUAGAAGUUUUUCGCCUUGGUACUGGUUGUAUGUUGCUUUUGAAUUCUUAGAAGCUUCUUUGGGUGAUUUAUGUUCUCCAGCAUAUAUUUUGAUUACAGAAGUGGUUUCAACAAUUCAUAGAAUAAAAUUUAUUUUACUGUGCAGUGUUGGUUACACUUUUGGAGGUUUCAUUAUUUCCUUCUUGGCAUGGCUUAUUCCAUACUGGAGAACAUUACUACAAGUAUUAUACGCGCCGGCAAUUUUUUUCUUCCUUUAUAAAUAUGCAUUAGAUGAAAGUCCGCGCUGGUUACUGAUAAAAGGACAAAACGAUAAAGCUGUGAAAAUACUUGAAAAUGCUGCCAACAAAAAUAAGCUACAAAUUGAUAAAAAAUCACUUGAAAAACUUUCAUGUCAAAAUAAUAAAGAAACAGAAUUUUUAAAUAUAAUUAAACGCACUUUCAAAUCUAAACAGUUACGAAUAAGAUUCUUUGUGUGUCUAGUAUGGUGGACAACUUCGACCUUUGUUAAUUACGGAUUAACCAUUAAUUCUGUAUCAUUACAAGGCAACAAAUAUAUUAAUUAUGCACUGUUAUCUAGUGUCGAUAUACCAGGCAUUUUCAUAAUUGGUUAUAUACUCCUAAACUUUAAACGGAAACUGCCACUAGUAUGCUGUUUCUUUGUUGCAGCAUUACUCUGCAUUUCUCAGCCGUUGGUGUCCUCGGAUUUGCCUGCGUUGUCAACUUUUUUAUAUAUGACAGGAAAAAUGAUGUCCUCCUUUUAUUUUAGUAUCACCUACUUGUAUACAUCUGAAUUAUUUCCUACUUACACUAGAAAUUCAAUGCAUGCAAUUUGCUCAUCUCUUGGACGGAUUGGAUCUAUAAUUUCUCCGCAGACGCCAUUACUGACGCGGUACUGGUUUGGUUUGCCGUCACUUAUAUUUGGCUUGACAUCACUGUUCGCUGGGUUAGUAACAUUUUUGGUGCCAGAUAUUUCAAAUGAUGCUUUACCUGACACUAUUCGUGAAGCUGAAGAACUUGGAAAAACGAAGAGCAUAGACUUAAAAAGAUAG